GAACCCGGAUACAACAUCGAAUAAUCGAUUUCUGGCAGCACUGGCUACAAGCGAAAACCGUUAGUUUUGAACGAGACAUUGCACGGUGCGGACGUACACGUGCUACGCUCAACGCGCCCACGCAAGUAACACGCGACAAUAGCUGAAGAAUAAUAAGCAUAAUAAUAAAUGAAGCGAUAUUAUUAAUAGCAUUUAUAAAUAAAUAAACGGAGCAUAAAGCAAGUAAAUAUUAGUUCGUAUGUAGGGACAGGUGCAAUCGCGACGGUACAAUACAAUUUGUGUUAAGCAAAUACUCACUCAAGGCGCGCAACUCACUCAAAACUCGAAGGCAUUUGCUAAAAAUAAUAAAAAAAAGUGAAAAAAAAGUAAAAAAAAAAGUGCAAGUGAUAUCAAAAGUGGUUGGUGUGUAAAAGUAACAAAUAAAAUAUGAGUGCAAAUAAUAAUAAUAAAAAAACAUAAUUCAAUUGUUGCCAAAGGAACAUACACGGAGAGUGCGAAGGUGAAAAAUUCAGCCCACUCUCUUGCCAGCAAUCUCUCGAAAACUAACGGUUUAGGCAUUAGGUGGGCGCAAAAAGCUCGCUCGCUCACCUCGCACAUGCGUAUUUUAAUUCCAGUGCAGCGUUUACAACAACAACAAAAAUAUAUAACAAAAGUAGUGAUUUUUGAUUAAAAAGUGUUCAAUACAAAAGCAGCUAAUGCUGAAUGCUGAACAACGAUAUUUGUUAUUAGCUACAACAAUUGGAGCAGACGCAGUUUAUAGUUGGUGUUGCUUUAUGAAGAAAAUGUUUCAAUAGAGAUGGCCAAACUUUCACGACGUCCACCGUCGUCAGCAGCCACGCCCACAACAGCAACAGCAACUACAACAGCUAGUGCAGCAACAACAACAACAACAACUGCAACUGUUAAUCAUGCACAGCAACAACAACAACAACUGCAGCGCAGCGCUCGCUCAUUCAGCCACAGAAAUUCUAAAGCUGCCGCCUUUGUGGACCCGGACGCGAGCUCUGCGCACGAUACGUUGCUUUUGCCGCCAGCACCAUCGCCAUCGCCGACGCACAACAACAACAACUAUAAUAGUCACACUGCCGCUGCCACGCCCACUCCCGCUGCUGUUACUGCCACGCCCUAUAUGCCGCUGCUGCCGCCGGGUGAACGCAAUCUGACCGAUGCGGAAAAUGCUGCUGAGCGUGCGCGCAUUCGCGAAGAGUUCUUUGCCACCUAUGACGUGAUGACCGGUGUGCGCAUCGCCGCAACGCUCGGCGGUUUCUUUGGUCUCAUGGUGUUCCUUAUUGUGUGGAAAAGUCGCAGCAGCAGCAACGAAACGCUCAAGGUGCUCAAGGAUCCCAAAAUGGCAGCCGUUGCUGCCGUCUGCAUGCAGGAGGAGGAGGAACGCGAGUUGCAGGAGGCAAUUGUAGCCACGGGCAUGUCCAUAUAUCCGGAUGAAUACGAUGCUUUGGUCUAUCGACGUCAGCGCAUGCUCUCCCUGGGCAAUGUCAGCGCCCCGCCGUUACUCAAUCGUGGCUACCGCUGCGGCUCUGUGGGUGGCGUUGCAGCACCCGGUGCCGUUGGCUAUAGUUAUCUGCUGGAGCCGCCUCGCCGCUUUUCCUACUCGGCCGUGUCUGCAGGCGGCGCCAGCGCUGGGCCAGGACGUCGAAAAAGUGGCUCAGAGUCAUCGCGCAUAUUUAGCAAUUAUCCGAUGGGCGGCAGUUUUGGCACCGAUGAUUAUUUCAUGGAGACGGACGAUGAGCUGGAGCAGGAGGAGUAUAUGCAGCGUGAUGCGCGGGAUGAGGAGCGGGAGGAGCAACAGCAGCAGCAUCAUCAUCAGCGAAACGAUUCCACGCGCAGCAAGCAGGGAUUUCUGUCGGUGCCCAUGCCGGGCCACGACUCGCGUCGCAGCAGCGCCAUGACUUGCUGCAGCACGGACAGUUCCUACCUGGAGCGGCGCACCUCGGCCUAUACGCUGGGCAUGAGCAACUUGCCGCCAACGCUGCAGCGUAAACUGUCGACCGCCUCCCGUACGUCCAGCAUAGAGAACUGGGACUAUUACUAUCCGGAUAUACAGGUGAUACAGCCGACGCCAAAGGCAUCGCCAUGUCCCUCGGAGCGCAGUCUGCAUGAGCCAAGCAAAACUAACUGUUCGGUGCUGGGCACUGCGGCGCUAAGUGCGCCCAGCUUCAAACCCAAGCAUAGCAUAGUGUCCUAUGAUCCGGAGAGUGCGCAGGCGGGUCGCAAACAGCAGAUACAUUCAAUAAGCGCGGACACUGUCGAUGUAUAUCCGUACAAUCAAGCUCCGGAGCUGACAAAGGCAGCGACAGCGGCAUCGCCCGAGGAGACGCAGGAGCUGCGCUUGGGCGUGGGCGCGGGACGGAAGCUGACGCUAGUGGAGCUGCAGCGCAAUGUGGAGAGCAACAACAACAGCUUUCCCUAUACGGCGAAUGUGAAUGCCACGACAGCUACAGCGACGGUUACGUCGAGCAGCAUAAGCGUCGACAGCACGCCCGUGAGUCUGGAGCGGCUCAAUGGCAGCUUGAGCAUGAAUCUAAAGCGUGCACCGCUUGCCUCGCUAAGUUCCUUUAAGAUCUCCUCGCUGGAGUGCGCAGACUCGGAGCUGCGCAGCCUCGAGGAGGACUCUGUCUUUGCCGCGGACACAGACGACGAUAUGCAGCAGCUAAGCAGCGAUAGCGAGGAGCAGUCAAUACCUAAGCCCAAGUCCGUGUCCAUGGCUGCUGUGUUGCCCUUGAAGCGUUUGAGUCUGACGGGCGCACGUCCGCGACGUCCACAGCUGCAGCGUCAUCGCACCAUCGGCGCUUGUCCCGCUGAGGCAGUUACUCCGCCGCCAGCGCCGCCACCACCACCACUGGAGACACAUUUUGGCCUAAACGUUGCAGUUGCGCCCACACAGCGGCCACGUGGCGAGCUGCUGCAGCAGCACAGCGAUACACAGACGACCACCACCAAUACAACAGAGGAGGAUACCUGUUCCACUCUUAAUACAGAGCUGGAUGUGGGCCCACAUGCCUCGCCUGUGGCAGGCGGCGAGUCUGCCACGCAUACGCAAUACAGCAGCCUCAAUACGGUUAUAAGUCUGACGCCCAAUACGCAGCUUGAGUUGCCGCUGGGACAUGAUGCCUGCGCUUCCAGCAUUUCGGACUCGAUUAUUUGCAUGCCCGCCUCAUUGAAGCAGCUUAUACUUCGUGGCGGCAAUGGGGGCAGUGCGCAGCAGCUGCAACAGGAGCAUGCCACAGGCACGCCAGCUGUGGUCUUGGAGCUGCCAUUGAUCAGACUGCCGCUAGAGCAGCAGCAGCAAUUAGAGCAGGAGCAACAACAACAGUUGGAUGUGGUGGUGGAUCCCAGUUUGCCCGGCACGAGCAGAAAGUGGUCUAAGGAGACGCUAUUCUAGCCCAGCUUGUUGCCACAGUGCCAUACACGAGCUUAACAAACUCCACUCAACGUUUUUUUAGGCUAAACAACAGAGCUUGCAACAACAACAACAGAUAAUUAAAAACUAUUAAACAAAUACUAAGCAAAAGGCGCACCCAGCUAUAGUUCAAGAAAUAAAUAUAUAUAAAAUUGUUUAAAGUGAAAAAGCAGAAGCCACAACAACAACAACAACAACAACGUAUUCGUACUUAGAGACUGUUUGUCUAUUAAUUGUUAAUAGAACUCUAAACGUUAAGUAGUGAUACUCGGAUUUAUUUUUCGCAAACUAUCUUAAUAAACAAUGAAAUACACGCAUAUGUAUGUGUGUACACGUAUGUACCUACAUUAAGUCAACGUAACAGAUACAUAUAUAAGUUGCAUGCGCAUAUAUAUUUCUAUAUAGUACACGUAGCAUGCCAGCCAGCAAGUCAGCCAGCCAACAAUAAGAACAACAACAACAGCAAAAACAAAAACAGUUAACUGUCUUUCUAUCUAAUGCAAUCUAUGAAAAAA